GUUUAACAACCCUUUCUGUGAAGAAACUCCUCCUGAUGUCCAAAAUUCCUCCUGAUGUGGCUUGUUGUGCCAUGCUGCUGUGCUCAGACCUGUUUCAGCUGUGACUCAUCAUUGCUGGCUCUGCCAGUCAACAAAGUGAAACAAAAUGUUAAUAUCACAGCUGAGUUCCCAGUUACUGAAGGCUUCGAGAAUUGCAGGCCACCUUUUGCCCAGGUCUGUGUCUUCCUUCCUUUGCUGCCGCUCCACGUCCGCCCACUACAGCACCCAGCCCCCCAACACGAGCGGGGCCCAGCCCCAGCAGUGGCACACCCUGGACCCUGAGCUGGAGGAGAUCCUGAUUCCCAGGAAACUCUCCAUCAGCCCCUUGGAGAGCUGGCUGUCAGUGAGAUAUUCCCUUCCCGAAGCAGAGGGAGCUCAGGAGGAGGUGGGCCAUGAGCCCCCUCAGGGGUCCGAGUGCCCCCCGCCCGCUGUGGGGGAAGGAGGGGCAGCCCCUGGGGGGACAGUGCAGUGCAAGAACGUCCUCAAGAUCCGCAGGAGGAAGAUGAACCGCCACAAGUACAAGAAGCUGCUCAAGAGGAGGAAGUUCAUCCGCAGGAGGAUAAAGGAGGGGCGCAAGAAGAGGCGUCAGAUGAAAUUCGAGAAGGAUUUGGAGCGCAUCUGGAAAAGGGCUGGUUUGAAAGGCCCUCCUGCAGGCUGGCAAACACCCAAGAUAUUCCUGAGGAGUUCAAAGCGAUAAAACCCCACCUGUCAUGAGUUUUGACCUGUAAUUGUAAUUAAAAAAAAAAAAUAUUGCAGUACGUGGAUGACAUUUACCCUUUCUCUGAAUGUGAUGAAAUGAGCAGGGAGGAGUUUUCCAAGCACAGACCUGAUGGGAAUAUGCUUUUCCUCCCCAGAGGAGUGGUGGGAGCUCUUUGUGUGGUGGUUUGGUGCUCUUUGUCUGAGCAAAGGUGUCCUGGGGCUGCAGCUGAAUUUCUGGAAUUCCUGUUUGAUUAAUUAGAGCAUAAGAACAAUCAGUUGUGGGAGAUGGGAUCAGUGGAAGGGUUCCUCUUGACUGUAUAUAUGACACAAGCAUUUGGAAAAGGUCAAAACUGCAUUCUCUCAUAGCCUUGUUUCAGAAAGGCUGGUGUUUCCUAAGAAUUCUGGGGAGAUAGGAGUUGGAUCAGAAUUCCAUAGAAUGUGUCUGUAUCUGCAAAAGCUUUAUCUGAAGCCUUGGUGUGCAUGUGCCUUAGGCAUUGCAUGGACAACCUUAAAGGCACAUUUGUGCUCUAUUUUGUGCUAAUAAAAAACUGUUAUUUUUUUUUUUCUUUGAUUGACCCCUGUCACACAGAACAUCCAGAUCUUGGUAUCAAUAAAAGCUCAGAGCUAAAUAUUCGUUAA